CUCUCCCAUUGGCUCCCCCACUUAACUUUGGCUGCGUUGGGACAACAGGGAACAACAAGCUGCAUUUAUAUAGUGCCUUUAGCGGGUGGAAAGGCGUCUGACUGGUGUGAUCGUCAGAUUAAAAUCGACACCAGGUCAGAGAAAAGGAUAUCAGGACUAAUGACCAAAAGCUUGGUCUUGGAGGACUGAUGCUGCAUGGCGUGGUGAUAUGGAGACUGCCAGCAUAGACAACCUGUGUAUUCUAUACCAAAGCACAGAUUUCUUGGUGGUGAACAAGCACUGGGAUAUUCGCAUUGAUAGUAAGAUGUGGUAUGAAAAGCUGACUGUUCAGUCUCAGCUAAAGCACCAGUUUCCUGAGCUUGUUGACCCAGAUACUUACUAUGGCUUUAGAUUUUGCCAUCAGCUAGACUUUUCCACCAGUGGGGCACUGUGUAUUGCUUUUAGUAAGAUGGCAGCAGCCAAAGCCUAUCGGUGUUUCAGAGAUCGUAUGGUAACCAAGGUUUACCUGGCUCUGGUCAGAGGUCAUGUCUCUGUGAAUAGGAUGAUGAUAGAUCGAGCAAUUGGUAAAAAUACAACCGAAGGAAUGACACACAUGAUGUGUACUGAAGAUACCCAGGGCUGUCAAAAUCCCAAACCAUCUCAGACAGAGAUGACUGUCCUGGCAAGAGGUUUUUACAGUGGAGAUCCAGUUACUAAAGUAUUCCUGCAGCCAUUAACAGGCCGGACACACCAGCUGAGGGUCCAUUGCAGCGCUGUGGGGCAUCCCAUAGUAGGUGACUUUACCUACAGCUUGAAGACUGACAGCAGCCCUUAUCGUAUGAUGCUUCAUGCCCAUCACCUGCGGAUUCCCAUGGAGGGGGAGCUUAUAGAGGUGACCACGGCUGACCCUUUCACGCACUUGGUGGACAAUAAUUUGGAACUGGGCUCAUGUGUCAAUAGCUUGCACAACAUAAUCAAGGGACUGAAAGACAAGUGUGUGACAGAGCAAUGUGACAGUAACAACAUUCUUGGAGUUCAAGCGGAGAAAAUACAGGUGGAAAAAACAAGUGAAGAGACAGAGGAAGAAAGAGAGAAGUGCUUGCAGUGGUUAAAUGAAUGGGCAAUAAGUUAAUAUUAAUGGUUACUGAGGACUAUCUUGACUGGAAGCUGCAUAUUCACAUCUAAAAUGGUUUGUUGGGAUGAGGGAUGGUCAACCAGGUAUCCAAUGGUAAACAGAUUCACUGUGAGGCUGUUUUGCAUGGCUGACAUGGACCAACCACCCCCAUAUAUCUAAUCAACAUUGUUUAUUGGAUUAACAGCUAUUGUGUUACCCUCACUUUUGACUACCAGAUGUUUUUACUUGUUGGUUAGUGUCCAUGAAAGCCAUUCCCCUUCCCAAAUGAAGGUUUUCCAGCCCCAGCCCAGCCUUAAUGGUUUGAUAACUUCACACCUAGAGACACACAUAGUGGUACAGGUUUUAAAUUAACUACUUCUGUUUUUAAAAUUCCUAAAAUGAAGUAUCUAUUUCUGACCAAACAUCAACAAAAUACAAUAGAAGCCAGAAUAGAAUACAACUUUAAGUACUACAGUAACUUUAUAGGGAUACCCCACUGGGAACCAGUUUCUCUCAAAUGAUUCUCUGUGGACCGAUCCAUUGGUUUAGCUAUUAGAUGACCAUCAGUUUUGCUUGUGUGGUGGUGGAAUAGCUGAGUUUGACGCAAAUUGACAUGUUGGAUUUACUGACACGAGCUUAAAGAAAUAUCAUUUGUGAUUGGCUGGUUGCCUGAUGGGAAAGAAUUGGCUUUAUAUAGAAGUACCUAAAAUGUGCAGCUCAGAAAUAGGUCAUUCAGCCCUACUGGUCUUUGCUCAUCUUUAUGCUCCACUUGAGCUUCCUUCCACUCUUCUUCAUCUCACCCUGUCAGCAUUUUCUUUCAUUUAUUUCUUCUUGAUGGACCUAUCUAGCUUCCUCUUAAUUGUACCUGUUCUAUUGACCUCAACUAUUCAGUGUGGUAGCACGUUCUGACAGAUUCCAGGUAAAGAUAUUUCUCCUGAGUUUCUCACUGCAUUUAUUAGUGACUCUUACAUUGGCCCCUAGUUCUAGAUCCCCUACUAGUGCAAACAUCUUGACUUCUCUAAUGUAUUUCAUUCAAAUGUUUUCUACCAAUAUUCAUCAUGAACAUCUCCAUGCAAAGGCACCUGGGCGAGAAACAAAAUUCCCACUUUUUUGUGCACUUGAUUUUAAAGAAAAUUUGCUUUUCUUUAAACAAAACAAACCACUAAAAUAAAUGUUCAAUCUUUUAUCA